CACUGUAGCACUUCCCAGCCAUCGAGCCAGACGUCGUCGUCGUCGCAGCUAGCCGGCUUGCUUCACCCAAGCCCAAGCGUGGCGCUCAGUCUAAAGAGUCGCGCGAACGUGAAAGAUGUGGCGCAAUGGCAACAGCAUAGAAGCUCAAAUCAUUGAAUUGGACAACAAAACAAAUAGUGAAAUCAGGCUAAGCCGAGAUUGGCAUUAGGAUUUUGGCUUUCGGGCUGCAAUUUGGAACUCGUUGUCAUGUGCUGGUGUGCACGUGUCUAUUGGACAGUGUUGCAGAAUCUCUUUGCGCGCUUCUACAACAAUCUGACGGAGCAGCAAUGCGACUGCGUCUGUUGUGGCUGCUGCUGUUGUGGCGAUUAUCGUGACGUCGACGCUGAUAGCGAAGCUGGCGAACGGGUUUCAGCAUCGAUUGUCGAUGACGAUCAGCAGCUUAGAACACAACACGAUUAUGUCAUAGUUGAUGAUGCCGAUGCGAACUAUGCGGAGAUCGAGUGUCGUCAGAUCGAAACCGAGGCGUAUUACUUCACCGUGGAUCGGGCCACAGCGGAACACAUGCUCGAGGGACGCGAGGAUGGCGCCUGUCUGGUGCGUCCCUUCAAGGCGACGGAUGUGUGCAUCAAGUACAUUGUGAGCAUCUAUGCAGGCGAACAGUAUUAUCAUCUGUUUGUGCGACAGAUCGAUGGACGUCAACGCUACGGCAUCGGACAGCUGAAGCCGCAUGAACGUCACUUUCCCUCGCCCUGCGACAUCAUCGAGUUCUACGCUGAGCACGCGCUGCUCUGCACCAAUAAGCAGCGCAGUCAGAGCAUUCGACUGAAGCCCAUCAGUUAUGCUUAG